AUGGAGCCAAAGUGCCCGUCAACGUACGUGGGGAAUAAGAGGCCGCUCAAAGGUCUGAAACGAGCAUGCUGGGAAUGUAAGAACAUCAAUAUAAGCCAGACGGACAUCAAUAUGUACUCCAGCAUGAGCACGCCGACCGCAACGGAGCGGGUCGCUCAGGAAAAUCCGUGCCAAUUGCACAUUGGAGAACGGCUAGGGAAGCUCGAACAACUGUUUGAGCGAUUCGUGUGUCGCAAGAACUCGACAGUCGAACCUUCAGAGACUCGGCGCAGCCCUGCGUUGGUAGAAUCGUCCGAAACGCAGUCCAAGCUAUCUCUACCCACGUUCUCUAGCGAUGCGCAGAGCGUCUCCUCGAUCGGCGACGGAAUUGUAAGUCUUCCUGUCCCGUGCCUAACCGGCCUGUUACCCUCGCAGCACGAUGCCGAUAUCAUCUUCGGGUCGUCGAAUGGAUGGAUGAUUCUUGAGGGCAUAUACAGUGCUUCAAAAGACAUCUAUGUUAACAGAGAUGAACAGUCGUACGCCUUGGACAUGGCUGCUGUGGCUCAGCAACCUUCCAUCAUCGUAGCUCGAACACUCCUCCACCUAGCGAUAUGUAUCAACUCGUUACCACCCGAGUUCGACGGCACUCGUCUGCAGAAUAUCUGGUCCCUGGACGAUACGGUGUCCAACUAUGUUACCACGGUCAACUCGCUGGUGACAAACGCGGACGAGCACAUGCUGACGCUGUACGGCCUGGAGUGCCUGAUGCUGCUCGCUAUCCAGCACAUGAACAGCGCCAACCUUCGUCAAGCAUGGCUUGUGAUCCGGCGAGCAAUGAACCUGGCACACCUCAUGGGCUUCCACCGCAUCGUGAUGCAACGCGAUCUGGAUCCGCCAGUACCAGCCGUCAGCAACGCAAAAAGCCUGUGGCGGCACAUGGUCGACCUAGACCGGUAUCUGGGGCUGCAUCUCCGGCUUCCCUUUGGCGCCGACGACGUGCCAGUGUCGGAAAACGACGAACCUCAAGUGAUCCACCGCGCGCGCAUCAACGCGCUGAGCAGAGAAAUAGCCGACCUCGACCGCUCCAUCACGCCGCAAUCGUACGCCAAAGCCCUGUCCCUCGACGAAAGACUCGAGACCAACAUGCGCGAGAUGCCGCGCGAGUUCUGGGAGGUACCCAACAUGCCAUGCACAGCACGAAGUGCCGAGUCCUUCGCCGCGCUCGAGAGACUGAUGGUGCAGAUGUGGCACUUUGAGCUGAAGAUCUUCGUGCACUUGCCGUACCUGCUGCGGGCGCCGGUGGAGCCGCGGUACGAGUUUUCAAAAGUGACGGCGCUGCAGGCGAGUCGCGACGUGGUGAUGCGGUGGUUCGCGCUGCGCAACGCCGGCAUCACACAGGCGUGCUGCCGGCUCAGCGAGAUAAGCGUCUUCAUGGCGGCGGUGACGCUGACGCUCGACAUUGUCAUCGAGCUCGCGCUGCACGACAAGGCGGCGGUGCAGAAGGCAAAGGGCGCCGACUUCGCCAUGCUGUGCCGCCUGGUAGGCGAGCUGGACAAGCUGGCGCGCGCGUCGACGCGCGAGAAGAUCGCGGCCCGCUCCGCCGCGGUGCUGAAGAAGAUGCUCGCGGCGCUCGACCCUGGGCGCCAGGCGGCGGGUCCGGUCAGACUCACGAUUCCGUUCUUCGGCACCGUGGUCCUCGCGUACAGAGAGUUGCCGCGACGGCCGCGGUUCGGUCUCGAUUCCGAGACGGGCAGGUCGAUGCAUGUCACAGGGAGCCACGUGCCGGUCUUCUCGUUUGUGAAGAACGAGCUCUGGCCGGCGGGCGGGCGGGGGGAUGGCUUGGGGGAUGGCUCGGGGGAUGGUUUGGGGGGUGAUUUUGGGGAUGGUUUGGGGGAUGGUCUGGGGCAUGGUUUGGGGGAUGGUCUGGGGCAUGGUUUGGGGGAUGGUCUGGGGCAUGGUUUGGGGGAUGGUUUGGGGGGUGAUUUUGGGGAUGAUUUGGAUUGGGAUGUGGUGCUGUUUGAUGGGUUGGAGGACAGGGAUACGGAGGGGAACUGGGUGUUUUGA